AAAGUGUAAAUUUUUGAUAACACAAUUUGUCUGAUAACAAUCAAGCAGAAAUCCGGCGCUUUCAAGAAAAGGAAAAAUUAAAAAUUUGAAAUGCUUCCUUCUGAGACUUCUGAGUUCCUUCCAUUAAUUAAUCGAGUAUUGUGUAUUUAAUCAAAUCGCCCAAUUCAUAAUUCAACUACAGAUGUACAAAUUAGAGAGAAUAAUAAUUUCUAAAAGUGUUAAAACAAAUGCCAUAUGUUUUAAAAUCGGUUCUACGAGAAAAAAAUGGGAAGGUGUAGUUGGGUUAGAAGUUCAUGCUCAAUUGCAAACCAACUCAAAACUAUUUUCAGCUGCUGGAACAUCGUUUGCCGAAACUGUCAAUAAUCAGGUAUCAUUUUUUGAUGCUGCAAUCCCCGGUACUUUACCGGUUCUGAACAAAGAAUGUGUUCGUAAAGGAAUCCUUUCUGCCUUGGCAUUAAAUUGUACUUUGCAUCCUGUAUCAUGGUUCGACAGAAAACAUUAUUUUUACGCAGAUUUGCCGGCCGGAUAUCAAAUAACGCAACAGCGAGCCCCUUUCGCUACUGACGGAUUUCUUGAAUUCCCAGUCAUCACUCCAGAAACAGUGAAAAAUCCUUAUUUGAAAACAUCUAACAUCAAACAAAUUCAAUUAGAGCAAGACAGUGGUAAAUCUCUCCACGAUUCUAAAGCUAAUUUGAGUUUGGUGGAUUUAAAUCGUGCUGGUUAUCCGCUCAUUGAAAUAGUUUUCGAACCAGAUUUGAAAAAUGGUGAAGAAGCUGCCUGUUUAGUUAAAGAAUUAAUGCUGAUAUUGCGAGAAUUAGAAACAUGUUCGUGUAAAAUCGAAGAGGGUGCUUUGAGAGUGGAUGCGAACAUAUCCGUGAGAAAAGUUGGAGAUACUACAAUGGGCGUUCGUAGUGAAGUGAAAAAUAUAGGAGGUAUUCGUAAUAUUAACAGAGCUGUAAAUUUUGAGAUAAAUCGCCAGAUAAAAUUAUUGAAUGCUGGAAAAUCCGUCAUAAAUGAAACCCGUUCCUGGGACGCUGAUAAUGACUGUACUAUAUCAAUGAGAGAUAAAGAAAUUGAGCAGGAUUAUAGAUUUAUGCCUGAGCCUAAUUUACCUCCUUUGCGCGUAUCACUCGACGAUAAUGAUGAUGCAAACGUUAUUAACGUCCCUCUACUGCGGAAACAAUUACCAGAGCUUCCUGCCGCCGUUCGUCAAAAUUUAGUUGAUAAAUAUGGUUUUUCGAUGGUUAAUGUUUUACGUCUUCUGAACGAGCCAGUUUUAUUGAAAUAUUUCACUAAUAUCACGGAAGAAAAUCCUAAAAGAAACGUUAUGAAGGUUUGGAAUUUUUUGAUGAUGGAAGUACUAUGUGAACUAAAUAAACGGAAAAUGCCAGCUGAAGAAUGCAAAGUAAGCUCAAAUAAUCUCGGACAAUUAAUCGACCUUCUGCAUGAUGGCAUUAUCAAUCGAAUAAUAGCUUCUCGUAUCUUAGAGCACCUUAUUGACGAAUGUGAAACCUCUCCUCUAGAAAUGGUAGAGAAGAAUCAAUGGUUUCAAAUUAAUGAUGCUGCCUUAUUGGAAGAAUUUUGUAAAGUUGUGGUGGAAUUCCAAACGGACCUAGUCAACGAUUAUUAUAAAGCCAAGAAAAAGAAAGAUAAAGACUACUAUUUUCAAAAAAUUUUUAAUGAAAUGAUUCAUCAUACAGAUCAACGAAUUAAUUUGGUUUUGGGUAAAGAAAUACUUCGAAAAGUUUUAGACAUGAAUAAAAAAUGAUUCCUGAUAAAGUUAUUGCUCUCGAUGAAUGAUAAGUUGUUGAAAAUGUGUUUUUGUGCAUAAAACCGCAAUCGUAAAGUGAUGUUAUUUUGUUAUGUCAUCGUAAAGAUGAAGGUUAUUAGAUAGUUUUAUGAAUAUGAGCAAGACGUUCGAUGUCGUCGAAGUUUGGUGCUGACUGAUAGGAAUAGUCACUUGAUUUUAUAAACACUUCUUUAGUUUGUUUUAAAAUAAAAAUGCAUUGUAGAAAAUUCGUGAAUAUAUUAAUUUUCUGUCGUUACUCUCUAACUACGUGGAGUACGUACCCAUCCAA